GAACCCUAAAAUCUUAAUCGAUCUCAACUUUCGUUUCUCAGUCUCUCUUUCGCUCUCUCAUUAUCCAUAACAAUCGAAUUAUCAGGCUUUGAUCAUUUUGUAAUUUAGCUAAAGGAAGAGAAACAUGGUUGUACGGCUCCGAUUAUCGAGACUCGGAUGCAAAAAUCGACCAUUUUUUCGAGUUAUGGCCGCUGAUAGCAGAUCCCCUAGAGACGGGAAGCAUCUCGAGGUCUUAGGUUACUUCAAUCCUUUGCCAGGCCAGGACGGUGGUAAGAGAAUGGGGCUGAAGUUUGAUCGAAUAAAGUACUGGUUAUCUGUUGGUGCUCAGCCAUCAGAUCCAGUUCAACGUCUCCUUUUCAGAUCAGGUUUACUUCCUCCUCCUCCAAUGGUGGCUAUGGGACGUAAAGGUGGAGCAAGAGACACUCGCCCGGUUGAUCCAAUGACAGGUCGCUAUGUGGAUGCAGAGAAAAAACCACCGGUUAUCGAUAACCAGCCUAAGGAAGAAGACAAUGCAGAAGACAAGAGUCCGUGAUUCAUCAGUCUAAGGAAGCAGACGAUGGAGAAGACAAGAGUCCAUGAACUAAUCGCGUUAGCCUUUGUCGUUGUAGCUUUUCAGUUGAGUUUGUUACUUUUGUGAAUGCACAUUUCUGCUUGUUCCUUGAUUGGGAAUAAACGGCAAGAUGUUUAGCAAACUUUUGCGAAACCAGCACGCAUUUUGCAUUAAUAUUAUGAAGCUAUUGAUUUUUUUUUU